AUGUCGCCCGGAAAUGGAGACUUCGUGGACUUCACUUACGGUGGCGGAGGGCUUGCCGGUGGCAUUCCCCCUAAAAUUAACCCUGCUCAUGUGUACGGAUUCGGGGUGAUGUCGGCCGCGGAGUAUCAGCAGCUGAUGGCUCAGGCAAGGAUCUACGCUGCUGCCAUCAGAGUUUCUAUGGGGCUCCGGGCUGUGCCAGACCCGCCUGUUCAAGGGCAGGGUAGACUGGCCAACGCGGUCCCCAAUGAGCCUGAGGUAUGGGUCAGCAUAGAGAAUGAGCCGCCGUAUCUGGCAGGUCAAGUAGUGGUGCAAGCCGGUCAACUGCUGCCCCCUGGCCACGUGGUUCUGGGCACAGACAAGGCCUUGUUACCAAAUGGGUCCUCAGCUGUGGCAGUCAAGAAGAUUAAGCUGGCGGAUUUGGGAGGCUUUGCCGCCCGUGAUUUGCGAGUCCUGCCCGUCAAGUUCGACUCUGCUGGUGUCCGCCGGAGAGAUUUUUUGGAUGCCGUGACCAGCAUGACCCAGGACAAGAUGCCAGGCGGCGGGCUGCAACUUGAAGGUCCGCCCACGACUUUGGAAGUCCUGAAGUCGCUGGCCAGCCGCAGCCUGACUCCUGUGACUGAUCAUGAGAGAUGGAUCCGCAGCAGCGAGAUUUCCAAAUGCGACCAAUCCAUUUAUGAAAUGGAAGUGUUGGCACGUGUCAUCGAGGCCUUUGUCAUGGUUGACCAAGUCAACCUGCCAAAUUUGAAAGGACGAGAGUUGUUGCUUCGCAGAUGGCAACUCAUCAAAGAAGCGCACAGGAUCUGCCCCACGCAGCCAGACUACUCGGCUUCUGACCAUUUCAUGGGAUGGGAGUUGGACAGCGGGGAGCUGUCGGUGGGCGCUAAGCGCAGGGCAAUCAAAAGAGCCAACAAUGUCCUCAGAGCCAAUGAUGUCAUUGGAGCCCUCAAUGAGAUGGCCGGGCAUGGUGCGGCGCCGCCGGCAAAGCCUUCGAAGGCCGUUCAUGAGCUUCUGCAUCUUGGCCUCUCCCCUUAUGUGACGGAGGAGGCCACCAUCACGCCCUUUUUCGUGGCCAAGAAGAACGGACGGCUCCGAUACUCUUUCGGGCAGCUCACUGUCAACGAGGGUGAGCAAGUGUACGUUGCUCAGUCCGAUAUCAAGGAUUACUUCUAUUCCAUUGGAUUGCCGUCGUAUUUGCACCCAUAUUUCAGUUUGCCACCAAUUAAGCCGGGGGCCCUUUCAAAAAGCAUCCCAGAGCUCGCAGACGCGGACCCCUCGCAGUUGGUCUUCCCGCAGAUGACAGUGGUACCCAUGGGCUGGUCUUGGGCGAUGUUUUUUGCGCAGCGUAUUCAUCAGCACCAGGUCAUGCUCGGCGCGGGCGUUGGGGCCGACCAGAUCCUGGUCGACGGCAGGCCAGCUCCGAGCUUGAGCAGUGGUCAGCCUAUCAUUGUCCCAUACGCUGACAACUUGAAUGUGCUGGGAACAAAUCAACACGCUGUGCAAGAAAUCAAAGACAAGGCUGUGGCCCGCCUCCGUCAGGUCGGCUUCCGUAUCCACGAAGAGGAGGACGCGUCCACGCGUGCCAAGGCUCUCGGUUUCAUGAUUGAUGGCAAGCGGUGCCGAGUCACCCGUGUGCCUGAAAAACGCGACAAGGCGCUCAAGGAUGCUGCGGCCCGGGAGUCCGUGCCCUUGCACUCCAUGAGCAUGGGCGAGAUCCGACAGAAUGUUCAGGCAAGGACCGCGGGGGAGCGCCAGAAGAAACGCGCUUCCUUGCAACUGGAGGCGCCCAUGCCGCCUCGGUUCACCGGCCAGACGCAGCUGGAGAUUUUGUCAGUCUCGCCAAAGACCGCGACAGACUACCGCCGCCGGGUCAUGGUGUUGCAAGGCAUGUCGUGGGCGAUCAACCUGAACAAUUCAGAGUCCAUGAGCAUGUCCAAGACGGGCGUCUCGGACGAGUCAAUUUUGCUGGACACCCCUUUUCUCAGAUAUCUCGGACCGGCUCUGCAACACUUCAAGACGGGCAGCCCGCUCCAGCCCCUGUUUGCGUGCAGCUACGCAGACGUGCUGAAAGCGUGGAAGCAGUCGUUAGUGAGUUUAGGGCUCAGUCCGGACCUUGCAGUGAUUUAUCAGCUUUGGCACUCAGGAGCUUCCUGGGACAAGAAACUGAGGUCGCUGCUGGAAAUUAAGCUUCGGGGCCGGUGGGCAUCCGAUGCUUCCCUGAAAAGGUACGAAAGCCACGCGAAGGUGGCCCAGCUAUUUGAGAAGCUGCCGCCAGCUACGAAGAAGCGAGCAGAGGCAUCUCCGCCGAUGCUAGAGGUCGCCGAGACGCAAGGUCAAAGCACCUUCCUCUUGGACCUCGUGCUAGGCAACCUCAGCCUGCUGCCCCUGCACGUCCGCAGGCUGAUUUUGUGGCUCAUGCCGGAGUCGCGCUUUGCGGAUGUCCAAGGGACAUUGGAGGAAUUGGACGAGGAAGUCCCGGAAGUGGAUGAAGACGAGGAUGAGGGGUGGAGCGUGAACAAGCCACUCUGGACCUGGCGUGCUGAAGGCAACCGCCCCGCCAAUCGGCCUCAGCGACCGCCAGCGCGCCAUGGGCGAGGUGAGUUCAGCAACCUCGCGUGGCCCCAUGGACCGCGGCGGCUGCCAUUGGACCGGCCUCAUUCCGCACAGCAGCACCCAGACCCCAAGUCUUUAUGUAGGCCACCUCGGCCAUCUUCAGCAAAGGCAGCACUUGCAGCUUCGAAGCCUGCGUCUCGCCCAUCUUCAGCGAGACCUGACUCUGCCAGACCCACCUCGGCCCGACCUGCCAGACCAGCCUCGGCCCGACCUGUCAGACCUGCCUCAGCCAGGUCGACCAGACCAGCCUCAGCUGGCUCAGCCAGACCUGCCGCAGCCAGACCUGCUUCAGCCAGACCUGCAAGACCUGCCUCAGCCGGACCUGCAACACCCGCCUCAGCCGGACCUGCAAGACCUGCCUCGGCUGGGCCUGCAAGACCUGCCUCAGCCGGACCUGCAAGACCUGCCUUGGCUGGGCCUGCAAGACCUGCCUCGGCUGGGCCUUCCAGACCUGCCUCAGCGCGACCUUCCAGACCUGCCUCAGCUAGACCUGCCAGACCGGCUUCAGCCCCUCUAUAUUCUCGACCAUCUUCAGCGCGUUCGCGGCCAUCUUCUGCACGUUCACGGCCGUCCUCGGCAAGGCCAACUUCAGCGCGAUCGCCUGAACGAGCAACUUGCGGCCAAGGACAAGCUAUGCCAGCAUGGGCUAGGCCUCAGUCAGCCCCUGCCAAAAGGAUGGAGCCAUCACUUGGUCCUUUCCAGAUGCAGCUGGAGUACGCGGCUCCCCAGCCCGCAAUGGGCGUGAGCAUCCUAUUUCAGCAACAAGAGUUCUUGGAGAAGGCCAACAGCGCUGGUCCUGUGAGCUUCGCAACGCAGAUGCAGAGCUGGGUUGCAUCCUAUCAAAAGACCCGCAUCCGCGCACGCAUGGCGUGCCGACCUCUCUUUGGCGAAGGCAGCAAGACCACCCUGAGCUUUCCGAAGUCUUACGCCCCGGUGGGCCCACCGCUGGUGGUGCCUCCUGAGAGGGACCUGGAUGCAGAGAUACGCCAGCUUGAGAUGGAGCUGGCAGGCCCUGACGAGAUUGCUGAAGACAAAGGUGACGACGACGAGGAAAGCGUGAGGUGCAGCGAAAAUUCUCUGCCAAUGGAGGAGCAGCGCUCCUUGUUCCUUCCACUGGAUGCAGGUGAACCGCGGCUCAACAUUGCAGGCGUCAUGAGCCGAGCAAUGCGCACCGGAUUCGAGACGCCUCGUGGUGGGACGCCCCGCGCAAUGACCUGGGCUUCUACCUUUUCCCACCAGCUGUCGAUGCGCGAGCUUUCUGUUGGAGGUCGCUCAACCGAAGGCGCCUCUUCUGUGUCAGGUUUUGGAGAGCUCGCCGAGGCUGCCGCCUUGGGCCCCGGCGUGUGCAUGAUGCCAAAGGUGGAGUUGCUGCAGAAGGUGUUCAACCGCUCUGCAGACGAUGCAGAGGUGCACAAGGAUCUCCUGGCGCAAAUCCUGGUGCUUCUAGGCAUCCGCCACGUCAACAACGACUGGGUUCAGGACAUUUGCAGCGAGCUCACCAAGUACACCACACUGAACUGGGACGAGUACUCGCAAUUCGUGAAGUUGUACGUGGAACGGCAGGGUAGGGAAUAUGAGAAGGCCUUCUAUGAGUUUGACAAGGAUGGUUCCGGAACGAUUGAGGCCAACGAGCUCCAGGCGCUGCUUACGUCCAUCGGCAUUACGCCCAUGGAUCAGGUGAUUGCGGAGCUGGCGGAGGAGUUCGAUGCCGACAACUCGGGGGAUUUGGACCUCGAAGAGUUCUGCAAGGUCCUGGCGGCGAUCAACGAGCGGGAAGGUUUUAGCCACUCCGAGUUCGAGCGGUGUGGCGCCGUGGUGAUGGAAACCGAAUGGAAGGCCAAGACUGGCAAGGUCUCCCUGCUGACACGCUCCGGCGCUACCGUCCGCCUGGCCUAUCGUGUUAGCAGAUCCGUGAAGAAGCUGGAGCACGAGCUCGCGUCACAGCCGGAUUUGGAUAAGGAGAUUGUGGAUAGGCGAUGGGAUGAGCUGCACAGGAAAAACGCCAAGCUGGUGCACCAGCAUAUUCUGAAAUACCGGGGCUUCCUCACAAAGAUUGGCCAGGCCGCCUCCGCCAAGGCGGGCAGCCUGCCAGCGCCCUGGGUGGAAGAGCUGAAGAGCCUCCAAGAUGAGCUGCCCAUCUCCAACUUCCAGGAGGUGCUGCGCACAGUGAAGACCGAUUUGGGGCGGCCUUUGGAGGAGGUCUUCAGAGACUUUGGGCCGAAACCCAUUGCCUCAGCCAGCGUGGGCCAGGCCCAUAUGGCCUGGCUGCGAAGCACCGGCCAGAAGGUUUGCGUUAAAGUGCAGCACCACGGCGUCGGGAGCUUGAUGGCAGCUGACUUGAGAACUGUGGAGUUCAUUUCCAGUCGCAUGGUGAAAUACCAUCCGAAUGCUCCAGAUUUUGGAGAUUUGCUCCGUGAGUGGCACCGCGCCUCGCGGGAAGAGGUGGACUUCCGCCUGGAAGCAAAGAACGCCUUCAAAGCCCUGCACGCGUUGCGGCGCCACGGCAUCGAUGUGGCGUGCCCGGAGCCCAUCCCGAGCCUUUGCUCGGAGCGGGUGUUGACGAUGCUCUUCAUCGAGGGCUGGAAGAUCACGGACCUGGACCGCAUGCCCUACGGCGCCGACCGGGAGAGCAUGGCCAAAGACCUGGUCCACGCAUUUGCGCUGCUGAUCUUCCAGGAGGGCCUCAUCCAUGGGGACCCCCACCCAGGUAAUGUAUUUGUGGAGCUGGUGCCGAGCGGGACCUCCCAGGCCAAGGUGCGGCCUGUCCUGCUGGACUGGGGCAUUGUAAAGCACCUGGACGUGGACGAGCGCUUUGCUGCUGCUAAGUGGAUCAUCGGCACCCUCUCGCAGGACCGGCAGCUCUACAUGUCGAGCCUGCUGGACCUGGGCUUCGAGUUCGACGCGGACCCCGACCAGGCGGAGUUCGCCGCCUUCAUCGAGGCCUCCCUGGGCCAGUGCGCCUUCAUGUUCCGGGACUCCAUCCCCUCCAACGCGCAGAUGAACUUUUUGCAGCAGAUGCAGCAGCACCAGGCUGGGGUAGCAAAGCCCUUUCCCAGCGACUUGUCCAUGAAGGCCUUCUGCAAUGAGACGCGCUUGGAAGACAGCAUCGCCUCGGCGCCGCGCGUCCUGGAGGAAGCCGACCUGUGCCCAGUGUGGGGAGAUUUGCUGGCCACGCUGCUGAAGCGCAUGGUGGGCCGCAAGAGCACCCAAGAGGCCUUGGCGCAACUUCUGGAGCCCGUGGGCGGGGUUACCUACCGGGCCGCAACAUCGACCCACACCGCGCAAGCUGGGAGACUGCCGCAGGAGCGCGUCACCAUGCAGCAGAUCUACGAAUGGUUGGAGGAGAAGGUUGAAAGUCUGGAUGUGAUGACUGCCCGUGGUGGCGCCUCGACUCGCCGGCGCUGGCUCUCAUGGACAGAGUUGGCGGCUGAGAAGCCUUGGCUGGCGGACCCGCUCCUGGUGAACCGCGAGGCGCUGCUCACAGGCCAGGGCUGUAUGGCGGGCCGGGGGCUCCGCGCCUCUGCAAAGACGCUCUGCCGGCUGUUUGCGGGUGAUUUGGUCCCUGCGGAGAUUCUUGCAGAGAGCCUUGAGCCUGGAAAGAAGAUCCAGUUCCAGACGCUGCAGCAGUGGUGGAACUCCCUCGGGGCACCCCAGCGGGCGCUGGGCGGCUGGCAGCAUUUUCCCUUCAAGAAGGAGGACUCAGAAGUGCAAGGCUAUGGCUUUACAGAUGGCACCACAGGCUCUCUGGUGCUCAACUUGCCCGACGUCUCCGUGGCAGUGCUGCUCUCUUCCUGCCACCCGGGCACGCGCUGCGGGGGUCGCCAGGUGCUGGACGCCAUUUGCGAGGAACUGGGCCUGGAGGCGGCCUGGCCGGCAGAGCCCCAGCCUCUGCCGAAGCGAGAGGAUGGCGGCGCUGCUGCCGUCCCUGGCGCUGCCCCUGGUGCCCCCGGAGCCCCUGGUGCCCCUGGUGCCACCGCCGUUGGGGGUGGAAGGAGGGCCGACGAUCUCCAGCAAGAGCUUUCGAAGGUCGAGACCCAAGUGGCGAAGUUGUCGGAGGUGCUGGAUUUGGUGCUGCCUGGUGCGAGCGCUGCAAUACGCGGCGGACGCGGCGCUCAGCCCGCCCCCAGUCUGGCCGGCUUUUGGCUCAGUGCUGAGACCGAUGGUUUGGAGUCCUUGCUGGAGGCCCUUCAGGUGCCCGCUAUGAUGCGCUCCAUGGCGUCGGCAGCGAGGCGCACUCUGCGAAUCGAUGUGGAAGGUGCGGAAGUGCAGAUUGUGUCCACAACCUCGGUGCUGAGCCGACAGCUCGAGGAGACGCGCACCAGAUUCAUGGUGGGCUCUUCGUUCACCGGCCAGCAAGCGCUGGGCGGGGAGUACUCCGCCACUGCACGCUGGAAGGAGGAGAAAGACGCUUCUCAGCCCGGGCCUGCAGCCUUGCGCCUGGUGAAGCAGUUUGCGGCUGAAGGCAUCCAGCUGGACGAGCUCUUCGAAAUUCAGGCGGAUGGGCGCCUGGCUUUGACCUCGACCCUGAGCAGCGCCGAGCACCAGUUCGGAGAGCGCAAGGUGGAGGUGCACCGAGCUGAAGAGCUGGAAGCGCUGUGCAAAGCUUUGGAUCCCAAGGACCUGACCCUUGGCCGGCAGCUGGCGCUGCCCGGCAGCAUCCGCCCCCUGCCCGGCGGCUGCCGCCUGGUGGGGCUGGGCCCCCCCAGUGCCAUGGAGGCAGAGCAGGAUGUUUCUGACAUGGCAGACCUGGAGCAGCUUGAGCUGCCUGUCGCCACAUUCUUCAUCGUGGAGACCAUCAGGAGCACCACGUACUUCUGCCGGGAGGGGGCCUCGGAGGGCCUGGGCGCGGCGCCCGUGGAGCUGUUGGAGUCCUUGCCCCCGGAGAUCCGAGCCGCCCUGGAGCGCCAGGCAGAACAGUCGCCCUCUCCAACCUCAGCUUCGCCUGCGAUUGUUGAGCGAGGAUUGUUGGCGCGCGGCGUGGCCAGCCUCGGCUCCCUGUGCCUGAUGGGCUGUGGUGCUGCUGGGCUCGCCGUGUGCGCAGCUGCUGGGCAGGCAGCGAGGCUCAGCGGCCAUGGUACGCUCCACCUCUGCCAGAACCUUUGCACAGACUGUUCCGCUCCGAGCUUGCAUGCCUUGGGCGCUUCCCUGGCGGGCUCGAGCCGGGAGGAGUACCUGGUCUCGGUGGACCGGAGCCAGGGCCAGCGUCUGGGGCUGCGGGUGGAGCGGCUGCAGGUCUUGGAGGUGCUGCCGGGCUUGGUGGCCGAAUGGAACUACAGCCACCCCCAGAGCCAGGUACGGCCAGGCGAUAUGCUGGUGGAGGUCAAUGGGCACAGAGGUGAUGCUCGCACAUUGAUGGACAUCUGCAAGGAAUGCCAGCCCUUGGAGCUGAAGCUGUCACGUGUGGUGCAGGUCAGCACUGAUACGGCGGAUGCCAAGAAUGCUUCAGCAAAGGUGGAAAAGGUGGAGGACAAGAAGGGCGGAACGGAUCAGCCUUGUGAGGCGGCCGUGCCGCCUUUGCCUCCCCCCUUGGCCACCUGGACAGACGAUUCGGCCGCGCCUGGCGAUGGAAAGGCUCCCGCCCUUCCAGGCAAGCAGGAAGAUCCCGAGCCUUGCCCAAAGAGCACGAAGGGCCCAGAGAAACCGAUGCUGCCAAAGACCGCGCUGAGCCACGUGGCGCCAGGACCACGACGAGAAGCGCCGAGGCUGCCUGCCAAAGUUGCAGGCACAGGAAGAGGCCCUAUUUCGGCUGCGGGUCCGGAGCUGGAGGAGCCCAUGGUCGGGACCACUUGCCCGGAUUGGCGCAGGGCUGGCGUCGUGGACAUCAUUGCGUUCACUCGGCUGGAUGCCAGCAGUCCAGCCUGCUGCUUCUGCCGGUCGCAGCCCCUCUCAAAUGCUUUCGACUUGGGCUCCGGCGCGCUGUCGCUGGCCGCCCCCUGCAACCGCCGGGCCGGCGGCCGGUUCCGCAACGCCGAGGCCGCGUACCUCGCAACAUGGAAUUGGCCACUGGCUGGUCUGUUCCAGGAGCUUAGUGCGAGCGCUGCCCUUCGCAAAGUGCAGCGGUUUGGCAGCCAUCGGGACCAGACCCGUGGUGGCUUUGCGGGCGGAUGGCAAGCCAUGCGAGCCGUACUCACUGCCAAGUUUGUGCAGGGCUCGUCUUGCGCCUCCGUUCUUGUGAAGACGGAGGAUGCCUUCUUGCUGGACACAGGUGAGAAGCCGCAGGACGUGGACGCAGAGGAGGUGGUGAACUGGAUCGGUGCAUUGCUUUUGCUCCUGCGGGACCAGCUGACUGGGAGCAAUGCCUGGGCCGGCUAUCUGCGAACCUUCCUGGACUUGGACACUGGCAAGAUCACUGACAGAAGCCGAGUGGUUGAAUGGCAGAAGGCAGUGCAAACUGCGAUGGAUGCGGUCCAGAGUCAGCCAUCCAUGCGGAGCGAGAUGGAUCCAGUCUGAACUUGGCUGGUCUGAUGUUGUGUUAAUGAUGCCAGGCGUUCCCCACUCACUUGCAUCAAGUGUUGGGCAGCGCCAGUGUUUCCUUCGCCGUUUUAUCGGAGCGAAGCAUUCGCGAACGUACAGGGCCAAGUCCACCAAGUGACUGUUUCGAGGCUUUCGUGACACAAGCACGCAAACCGAGGCUUUGACGUGUUCGAAUAAUUCUUGUGCAAAGGAGGGCCUGCGGGGCCCUUUUCACCCAAAACAUGGGCCCACAACACAUCUCUUCACUUGAUGACGUGCCAG